GCACACAUGUUUAGUUUCCAUGUGUUUGGACCUUCCAUCUUCACUGUUGUUGUGUUGUUUGAUCCACGUUUUCACAGGCUGCAUGCUCUGUCUCAAACAAACAGAAUACACAGGACGAUCAGCCUUUUUCCUAAUUGUGUCAGAAGGCUCAAACUGUUCGUGUCUACACAGCUUUCUUUGUGCAGUGCCAGGGGUAGAUAGCUUGGAUGCUACCACCACUAGCAUCUGACACACCUGUGUUACCUGUCUAAGUGCAUGUACCGGUAGUUCUUGAUAGAAACUGUUGUUGCAACACAAACCCCGCCCCAGCAGGGAGAGUCACACUGCCUGGGGCCUGUCUGAGCAAACCAGAAAACCAAAGACAUGUCCGUACGAGAAAAGAAGCGCCUGGAGAAAUGAGAUGCGCUGAUUGGCUCCGUCUUUGACUGACGUUACAAUGGACCAAUCGCUAGCUUCAGACCACGGCCCAGCUUGGUAACUUCUCACCAAGUUACUGACUGUUGUUGAUGCUCAGAGGGGGAGAGGAACUUGGACGGUCCAGGUUUAUUUUACGAUGUCCCGGCAACAGCUGGCUGUACAGCAGGCCCGGCGCUCCUUCCAGACCGGCCGAACCAAACCGCUGGAGUUCAGAAUCCAGCAGCUGAGGGGGCUGCAGAGCUUCAUCCAGGAGAGGCAAGGGCACAUUAAAGAUGCCCUGCAGAAGGACCUCGGCAAGAGUGAACGUGCGUCUGAGCUCUAUGACAUCCUGGUUGUGGAGUCAGAGAUUAAACUAUCAAUGACGAAGCUUGCAGAAUGGGCAGCCCCUCGGCCCGUGGAGAAGAACCUCUUCACCAUAACGGAUGAGGUCUACGUCAAACCCGAGCCCCUGGGGGUGGUUCUCAUCAUCGGACCCUGGAACUAUCCCUGGUCCCUCACCCUGUUGCCGCUAGUUGGAGCUAUUGCAGCAGGUAAUGCGGUAAUAGUAAAACCAUCUGAGAUCAGCUCCCACUCCUCAAAGGUCAUGAAGGAGCUUCUCCCCCUCUACUUAGACAAGGAUCUGUACCAAGUGGUGGAAGGUGGCGUGCCAGAGACACAGGAGCUGCUGAAGCAGAGAUUUGAUCACAUCUUCUACACGGGCAGCACCACCGUAGGUAAACUGGUGAUGGAGGCUGCAGCUCGCUACCUCACCCCGGUGACCCUGGAGCUGGGAGGGAAGAGCCCCUGCUACAUCGACAAGAACUGUGACAUCAGCACCGCCUGUCGCCGCAUCACAUGGGCGAAGUUUAUCAACUGUGGUCAGACGUGCAUCGCUCCAGAUUUUCUCCUCUGUGAACCUUCCAUCCAAAACAGAGUGGUGGAGGAGAUCAAGAAGUCCAUUAAGAAGUUCUACCCAGACAGCCCAAAUUCCAGUGAGGACUAUGGCCGCAUCAUUAACCAGCGGCAGUUUAAGAGGCUCAUGGGUCUCAUGGAGGGGUGCACGGUUGCGUUGGGUGGAGAUGCUGAUGAAGCCAAGGGCUACAUAGGUCCCACUGUAUUAAAGAAUGUAACUGCUGAAUCCAAAGUGAUGCAGGAGGAGAUCUUUGGACCACUUCUGCCCAUCAUCUCAGUGGAUGGUGUGGAGGAGGCCAUCCAGUUUAUCAAUGAGAGGGAGAAGCCGUUGGUGCUCUAUGUCUUUUCCUAUGAUGACAAGCUGAUCAAAAAAGUGAUAGCUGAGACAUCUAGUGGAGCCGUGGUAGCCAACGACUGUGUCGUACACUUCCUGGACAGUGCUCUGCCGUUUGGAGGCGUUGGUCACAGCGGCAUGGGACGGUACCGCGGCCGCCACACCUUCGACCAGCUCAGCAACCUUCGCAGCUGCAUGAUCAAGAAGCUCACAAUGGAGGGCUUCAACAGCAUGCGCUACCCCCCGCACACCGACAGGAAAGUGAGCUGGGCCCGCCGCGCCUUGCUCACACGCUUUAACAUACGGAGGCUGCAAAACCUGGUGAUAUUGGCAAUUCUGACUGGCCUUGCAGCGUUUGUAGUGCAGAGGUUCCUGCACUCAAGCUGAGCAGCUGAUGCUGAGGCUGGACCCCCAUCCUGGUUCAUCGUGGAGCUACUGCCCUGUAGAGACCGCUCCACAGAAUGUCCCAUGUAUUCUACUGCAUUGCACCGAUUCAUCGGCUGUUACUAAAGUUGCAAUCAUUUUAGAUUUGUUUUAUAAAAAGAUAUGUUCCAUUUUUAUUUUGACCUUUUUUUUUAUAUUAUCGGUGAUGGUGAUCUGUUUAACAGUCAGGAUCAAAAUGUUCCCAGGACAAUCCAUUUGAGUUCAUGUUAAAUCCUCUUCGUCAGUCCCUCUGUUGCUCACGUUGCACUGUUGUUUUUCUGUGAUUAAACAAAAAACGUAUUUACUGAAAACUA